GUGCGGGCCGCUUGCCCGGCAGAGCCCUUGGUGGAGCAGAUCGAAAAAAGGAAUCGCUUGCGUCUUCUUCUGCCCUGGCUGGAAGCCCGCGUCGCUGAGGGCAACCAGGAUCCACACUUGCACAACGCUAUGGCAAAGAUCCUCAUCGACACCAACAGGGACCCCGAGAACUUCUUGAAGACAAACGCUUUCUACGAUUCCAAAAUCGUGGGCAAGUACUGCGAGGACCGCGACCCCCACUUGGCUUACACCGCUUACAAGCGGGCCUGGGGCUCCUGCGACGAGCAACUCGUCGACGUCACGAACCGCAACGGCCUCUUCCGUCUGCAAGCAAGGUAUCUUGUGGAGCGACAGAGCCCUGAUCUUUGGGGCUUGGUGCUGAACCCAGAGAACCAGUACCGGCGCAACGUCAUCGACCAAGUCGUUAGCACAGCACUGCCGGAGUCGACCAAUGCGGACGAGGUGUCUGCCACGGUGAAGGCCUUCAUCAGUGCCGACCUGCCGAACGAGCUCAUUGAGCUGCUGGAGAAGAUUGUGCUCCACAACUCUGACUUCAGCAAGAACCGAAACCUCCAGAACCUGCUCGUGCUUACAGCCAUCAAAGCUGACAAGGACCGCGUCAUGGACUACAUCAACCGCCUGGACAACUACGACGGCCCCGAGAUAGCAAAGAUUGCCCUCGGCGAUCCUUAUGGCCUGUACGAGGAGGCUUUCAUCAUCUACAAGAAGUGCGGCCAGAAUGCUGAAGCAAUGGAUGUGCUCCUGGAGAACAUCAGCUCGCUGGAGCGGGCACAGGAGUUUGCAGCACGCAUCAACGACAAGACGGUGUGGUACAAGCUCGGCAAGGCCCAGCUGGAGAACGGCAGCGUGCCCGAGGCAGUGGAUUCUUACCUAAAGGCUGAGGAUGCCACGGACUACUUGGAGGUGAUCCAG